UUCUUGCAGUUGGAAGACUUUAAGUGGACUUUUCCCAAUAGAAGCCUCCAUCCACGCGUGGAUUUACCCCUGCGAGGAAACCCCCAUGCAACCCUCUCCCAAAAGCAUGAGUACCGAGCAGUUAUACGAGAAGAAAAUCGCCGGGAUUUUGACCGAUCUUCCCGGAUCUAUGAGCUCCCACCCGACCUCCAAGGAUUCCCCGACUCUACCCGAGUCGUCGGUGACGGACAUGGGCUACUACAGCGCGGCGCAGUCGGCCCACGGCCAUCACGAAUAUUACCAGAGCCAAGCGUACGGACAGCCCAUGAACUCUUACCAUCACCACCACCAGUUUAACCUGAACGGAGUGGGGGCCGCUGGAGUGUACGCCACGAAAUCAGAGUACCCUUACACGAACAGCUACAGACAGUACGGACAUUACAACAGAGAUCACCUGCAGGCAUCAUCUCCGAGCUCAGUCAAAGAGGAGCCAGAGCCCGAGGUCCGAAUGGUGAAUGGCAAACCGAAAAAAAUCCGCAAACCCCGCACGAUCUACUCCAGCUAUCAGCUCGCAGCUCUGCAGAGGCGCUUCCAGAAGGCGCAAUACCUGGCUCUUCCAGAGAGAGCCGAACUCGCAGCCCAACUGGGCCUGACUCAAACACAGGUUAAGAUCUGGUUCCAGAACAGGAGAUCCAAGUUCAAGAAGCUGUACAAGAACGGCGAGGUGCCCCUCGACCACAGCCCGAACGCCAGCGACUCCAUGGCGUGCAACUCCCCGCCCUCCCCCGCAGCGUGGGACAACAGCACCCCCCAAAACACCCCCCUCAGCAGACCUCAGGCGCCGCAGCCAACUCACAGCUCGUCGCCGCCUUACAUGGACGAUUAUAGCAACCACUGGUACCAGCAGGGAUCCCACAUACAGCAUCCGGGAACCGUGCACCACCCCGUCCCCCCACAGAGCGUGGGCGCUGUUUAUUAACAAUGACUCUUUUUUUUAAUUUUCAAACGAGGUCUACCCAAAAAAAAAAAAAAAAAAGACUUUGCAUUGAACGCGUUUGGACCGGGAAUUAACAGUCCUAAGGGGAUGAUCCUGACCAGAACUUUUUUUGACAAAGCACAUAAGGGAUUUGUGAUCACUUGUAACGACCUAUUUAAAAGACAUCUGACGUGUUGUUGUUUUUUUAAAUUAUUUAUCUCUUCUGUUAUAGUCCCCUUCCUCGCUUUUUUAAUGUAAAUAGAUAUACAACGUUAUUUUUGUUACAGUAACCAUGAAAGCAAUAAUUGCAGUUAAUAGUUAAAAAUAAUUCAUCCCGAGCGUCACAUGAAACUCAGGUCAUAUUUAUAAGGAUUUGUACAAAACGUCGAAGGCUGUAAAUACGUGUUUAUAUAGAACCACUAUUAUGAUUCUAUUUGUUUGAACGACUCAAUUGUGGUUCUCCAUGCAGAAGUCAUUUUUUUAUACUCAUGUUGCCUUCUUAUCCUUGGAAUAAAGGUGUUAAUUGCACGUUGUGUGUCCACGUAGUCUUGUAAUAUCUUCAUUAAGUGGUGUAUGGUGUUUACAAAAUGCCGCCGUUCUAAUUUACUCAGGGAAAAUAUUACAAAAAAUAGCCACGCAUCCAAAA